GAGUAAAUUGUUAAUGCGAAUUUAUGUAAAUGUAAAUUCUAAAACUCUUUCAUCCUCCCGAAGAACAAACAAAAUCACCUGAGCCCGUAAGGCGUAAACUACUCUUUCUUCUUCUUCAACAGCUAACUAUGUCCUUACCUGCCGUUCUUUCACCGCCGUCCCUUUUUUCCAUUCCUCAAUCUCAACCGCCAUUUCCAACUUCUCGAACCUCGCUUCUUUCCCAUCCCUUCCAAAUUUCUCAUACGCUCCUCCGGGCUACCAGAAGAACCUCCAAUUUCUCUCAGGGAGUUGAUAAUUUUGUGGACGAGCGGCGUAAUUGGAACCGCUCCGACUUCGACUUAAUCGGUGGAGAGGAGGAGGAGGAGGAGGAGGAGGAGGAAGAUGACGAUGAGGAAGAGGAUAGAAGUUUGGAUCUUUUGGUUCGUUUUGUUGAGAAUGUUUUUAGGAAAUCCUCGAGGCGAGCUCGGAAGGCUGUGAGAUCGGUUCUUCCUCAAUCCAUCCCUACUAAACUGGUGGCAUUUUCUGUUAAUGGGGUGCUAAUGCUGGCGUUUUUGUGGGUUUUGAAAGCAUUUCUUGAGGUGAUAUGCACACUUGGAACUGCAGUGUUUGUGAGCAUACUAAUCAUUCGUGGAGUGUGGAUUGGCAUUUUAUAUCUGCAAGAUACCCGCAGCCACAGACUCGAACAAUUCGAUGAUGAUCAGCACCAUGCGUGGACUGGUGCACAACCUGCAUCCUGAAUGCUUCAAGCACUUAACUACUUACAAGCCACAAGGUUAGUGAACUACCCCCCCCCCCCCCCCCCCCCCACCCCGCAAAAAAAAAAAAAAAAGGGUAUAGCUUAAAUAAAAUAUGGUUUGAUCCUAUUUUGGUUCUUCUGCAUUCAUGCUUAUCUCAUUUUGAUCUUCAAAUUCUUGUACUCUUAAUUUUGUAUAUAAUAGUGUUUUAGUUCUCGCCAACACUUUCCAUAAAUAAUUCUAUUUUGAUUUUUUAAUUCAUCUGAAAAGUAGAUAACCGAAUGAAUAAGUGUUUGAAAAGCUCCUAAUCAUGUUAUGCGGUUUGUUUCUAAAUGAAGUUGGAUUUUUGUUAAAUGAUUUAUGAAUAAAAGUGGCGAGGACUAAAAUAACUAUCUAUACAAAAUUUAGGAACUUAAGUAACUAAACGUUGUAAAGUUUAUUGAUCAAAAUAAAAGCGUGAAGGCAGAAGUCUAAGUUUCAAAAUAGAAUCUAAACCAAAUACAAACGCCACUGGAGCAGAAAUGCUUCUACAAACUUGAAGUAUAGUUUUGAUUCUUUUGGUCUCGUAGCUCUCUCUAUACGAUUAAAGAAAGCAACACCUCUUUGCUUUUGUUACUUCUUUCAAGUCUAUACGAUUAAAGAAAGCAACACCUCUAAUGUAAUAUUAUGAGAGAAAUGUGGUAUAGUAUUUGGUUGUAAUCUCAGUUUUAUCUUCCACUAUUUAUAGCUUCCUCAUUUCAUUCUUCGUU